AUGGUCUACUACUUCACCUCCAACGUGAUUGACCCCCCAGCCACCAUCUACGUAGGCAAAGAUAAAUUCGAGAACGAAGAACUGAUCAAAUUCGGCUGGGACUGCGAUAUCUGGGUACGUCCGUCUCUCCCCUCCCCCCCGCCCCGGCCCCCUCCCACCGACAGAGACGAAAAAGAGAAAGAACGGCAAAAGGGAAAGGAAGCGUGA